UCUCUUUGUCCUCUGGAGACCGCUUUUAAGCUGUUGUCGUAGUUGUGAAGAACUCGUCUCUUCAACUCUUCUUCCAACCAGCGAGAGUUCAUCUGUCACUGAAUUCUGAAGCCGCAAACUUGUUACCAAAGCAGAAAUAAAAUCAUGUCUUCCCCAAGCAAACGCCGAGAGAUGGACCUGAUGAAACUGAUGAUGAGCGAUUACAAGGUGGAGAUGAUCAAUGAUGGCAUGCAAGAGUUUUAUGUAGAUUUUCAUGGACCGAAUGACAGUCCUUACCAUGGUGGUGUGUGGAGGAUUAGGGUGGAGUUACCAGAUGCUUAUCCUUAUAAGUCACCGUCAAUUGGGUUCGUUAAUAAGAUAUACCACCCAAAUAUUGAUGAAAUGUCAGGGUCGGUUUGCUUGGACGUAAUCAAUCAGACCUGGAGCCCCAUGUUUGAUCUGGUAAAUGUAUUUGAAGUGUUCCUUCCACAACUUCUAUUGUAUCCCAACCCAUCGGACCCAUUGAAUGGAGAGGCUGCUGCUAUGAUGAUGCGUGAUCGAGCUGCUUAUGAACAAAGAGUGAAAGAAUAUUGUGAGAAGUAUGCCAAACCUGAAGAUAUUGGGGCUAAAGAGGAGGAAAAAUCCAGUGAUGAAGAACUGAGUGAAGAUGAGUAUGACUCCAGUGAUGAGGCAGUAGCUGGCCAUGCUGAUCCCUAGUGCAUAAAGACAUGCAAACAUUUAACUGGCUGUAUUUGUACAUUGACAUUUAUAGUUCCGGGUAAAUUAAUCUUUAAGUGGCUAGUUUUAUUUAUUUGGGGAAGAAAGUGUCCAGUUUCUUCUUGUUAUUAGUUUUAAUUGUCACUGUAAAUAAAGUCAAGCUUCAUGUUGUAAUC